GCGGGCGCCGCGGCGUCGCCCCCGCGCAUGUUCCACGCGACCGCCUACUCGUACGCGUCGCCGCCGCCUCCCUCCGCGCAGUCGUGGAGCUCCCCGUCCGCCUGCAGCGGCAGCGAGGGCGCGGCGUCGCCCGCGUCCGACGACGUGUCGGCGGAGCUGCCGGCGCCCAACCUGGACCGCGACUGGGAGAUCCUAAGCGACCUGCUGAUCGACGACGCGCUGAGCGCGCUUCCGCCGCCGCAGAGCGUCAAUUUCGUGCCCAAUUCGCAGUAUUUGGCCCAGAAUUCGGGGCAGCACGCCCAAUUGAGACAGAGUGAGGCCACGCCGGCGUCCCCGUUCACAGGCGCCAUGCCGGCAGGUUACAGCAGCUCCAGCAGCGUCAGCAGCGCUCCCGAGGCGGCGCCCGUGGCCCCGCGACCAGCUGCGAGCGCUGCGAAGGGACCCAACAAGGCGCCGAGAGGACGCGGCAGGGGACGGAAAGUGGCCGACGCCGGCGUCAAGAAGGAACCGCUGACGCUGGAGGAGCAGAAGAAGCAGCGCCGCAGGUCCCAGAUCGCCUCGAGCGUGCAGAGGCACCGGGAGAAGAAGAAGUGCCUCGUGGAGUCGCUGCAGACCGACAUGGUGCGCUUGACGGCGCAGCUGGCGGAGCUGCGCGCGCAGCGGAGAGCGCAGUUGGCAGACAACGACCAGCUAGUGGCCUACGAGGAGGAGGCCAUGACCCAGCGACGCAAGAGGAAGCUAGCCGAGCAGAACAACCAGGUGCUCAAGCAGGCGCUGUUCCAGCAGACGGCCUUCCUGGGCGGCAUGCGCGCCCUGAUGGGCGGGAGCGGCAUGCCCAGCUCCAGGACCAUGGAGUUCCACGACUGGGUGCACUCGUACACGGCGCUGGCGUCCAGAGACGCGAUGGCCCGGAGGAAGGAGUACGUGGCCCACUUCCCGCAGAGCAAGAUGGAGCUGGCCAACAAGCUGGUGCUCAAGGACACGGAGGAGGAGACCCAGAGGCUACUGGCCACGGGUCAUGUGUACUCGGGCAAGGUCAAGCUGCUGCACGACGGCACGCGCGACGCCCUGGAGCUGGACUGCGGAUACACGGACGUCAUGAUGCGCGAGCUGUUCGGCCAGCCGAACAGUGCCCCCAAUACGGACGACGCUGGUGACGGCCGCGUGAUCAAGGAGUUUUCGUCCGUGUUCCUGUUCCGUGAGACGCCUCAGUGCACGCUGGAUACUCUGAUGGACCUGGUGUUCACGAGCAUGAGGUCCAUCGGCGUGUAUUACCCAGGAUCCGUGUACCAGUCUCGCUCUGUGGAUGAAGUGUACCAAGACGAAGACGAUGGAGUGACCAAGUCGCGCGUGUUCUACGCGGACUUGGCGGCGUCGAUGGAGCCGAUCUUGGAGAUCGUAGACGAAACGCGCGAGGCUGACGAGAUCAAGGUGGAGGCUCGUGUGAUAACCCGAGAGUCGCGCAACAAGGACGAGGGCAUGAUCCUGUGGGACUACGUGGACGACGACUCGCUGCACCCGAUGCCAGUGGACGCCCCCGGUAACAGGACGAUCCGACGCAAUGUGUGCGGUGGCAUGGUGAUCCGACGUGAGCCUGGCACUGGCAUGUUGUCUGUAAGACACGUGUCCGUCAAGGGCUACUGCCCCCUGGACAAGGCGAAGAACUUGCCGAUGUCACCGAGCUCCCCAGACGCAGAGGAGGCACAACGCGCCGUGUCGCGACGCAUCGGCCUGCAGGCGACGGAGUAUGAGCGCAUUAAGGACCGGUGCACCCGCUUCGUCUUCAACGACAUCACGCGCCGACUAGGCGAGCUCCACGUGUCGUGAUCGUUCGCCUCAGUCGGCGAUGAGUUUAUCUACCCUUACUACGUGUUGCUAUGCGUAUCAAAUGCCCUAGCGCAGCUAGCUUUCCUCCUCCCAUUAAUUUUGAAAAUGUAUCAACUCGAAGCGAGAGCGAUUGAUUCAUCC